CAAUGGACACAAAGGUGGUGGAGAAAUGCGAGAUCUCACCCUCUGACGGCGGCGGCGCCGAGCAAUCGCUUCCACUCAUCUAUCUGGACGUGGCUUGGCUUCUCACCCACCACAUGCGAAUCCUCAAUUUCUACAGCUUCCCCUCCUCUAAACAACUCUUUUUCAACACCAUUCUUCCAAACCUCAAAAACUCCCUCUCUCUCGCUCUUAAACACUUUCUCCCUCUGGCCGGAAAGAUCGUCUUCCCUCUCAACUCCGGCAUGCCCAUUUCUCGCUAUGCCUCCGGCCAAGACUCCGUCUCCCUCACUGUCUCCAUCUCCCACUCCGACUUCUUCCUCCUCACCGGGAACCAUCCCAAGAAUGCCGAUGUUUUCUACAAUUUCAUCCCUGAGAUCCCUCCCGCCGUAUACUCAUCAGAUUCCAUCACCUUCCCCGUCAUGGCCCUCCAAAUCACCUUGUUCCCCAACCAGGGCAUCUGCAUCGGCGUCGCCACCCACCACGCCAUCGCCGACGGCGCCGCCAUAAUCUGCUUCCUCCAAACAUGGGCCUCGAUCAACAAAUUCCAGGGAGACGAGCAUCUGCUGGCACUGGGCCAGAAAGCCCUGCCCGUCUACGACAGAAGCGCCGUUGAAGGUUCCAGCAGGCUAACUCCACGAAUCUGGGAGAUGGUGAAGAAUUCAAAGCCGACGGUGACUUCUACCGUUUCUUUCCCGACGCACAAACUCCGCGAAACCUUCUUUCUGAGCGACCAAGAGAUCGCGGAGCUCAAGAAGUUGGUCCGCCUCAGGAAGCCCGGCCUGGCGCACGUGUCUUCCUUUGCCGUCACGUGCGCGCGUGUCUGGAGCUGCAUGGCCGCUGCGGCGGGCGACGCGGUGGGCGACGAUGAGCUGGAGUAUUUGUCGAUGCCCGUGGACUGCCGCGCGAGGCUGCGGCCUCCGCUCCCUAGCACUUACUUUGGCAACUGCUUGGUGCUCGUCCUCGCGGAGUGUGCCCACGGCAGGCUCAAAGGGAGCGAGGGGCUGGUGGCGGCGGCGGAGGCGAUCGGGGAGGCGAUUGAGGAGAUUUUAAGCAAUGAGAAGGGGAUUCUGGAUGGUAGUAUUGUACGAUAUCUGAAAUAUAUGGAGGCGAAGAGGGUGGUGGGAGUUAGCGGUUCACUGAGAUUUGAUAUGUGCGGUAUAGAUUAUGGAUGGGGAGGGAUGAAGAAAAUGGAAGCUCUUCACAUAGACGUGAGUGGAUCCAUCAGCCUAUUUAAGACGAGGGAUGGAGUUGAGGUAGGCUUGUCUAUGCCCAAGCUCAACAUCGAUGCUUUUGCAUCCCUCUUCAGCCUAAAUAUACAUCACACGCUUGCCAACCUAUAAAUGCUCAACCCUAAAUCCUAUUAACUUAAUUGCCCUCCAAAUGCUUUCUAUAUGUCUACUUUUUUUUUUUUUUUUUUAUCUCCAAAAAAGAAACCCUUUGUGUCUGCAUUCCUAUAAUUUACAGAGUUACAGGGCUUUGUACAACAAUAACUUAAAUUGAUUUUAAAAUUAAGACCAAAAUUUUCAAAUUUGUAACAUUAAUUAAUAGGUAAUGCAUUUGCAUGACGUGAAUUCUUGGCCCACUUUAAUUAAUGUCUUAUUUUUGCAAGCUUAAAAAUUUAGCUUUCAGCCCAUUAGCUCGAAACUCUUAAAAUGAACUGAAAAUUGUCUUACGGGUGCAUUACUUAUUA